AUGUAUAUGUACAGAUAUGAAAAACGUGUUAAAUAUUAUGGACAUAUUGAAAAUAAUGAGGAAACAAAAGAUGAAAGCUUAGUCGAAAAUCAAAAACACAAAAGUUUAAUUCAUGCAUUCGGUGAUGGUCUUCGACAAGCUCAAUUAGGUAUUCAAACUUCAUUUACUGUUGAUGCACAUGUUGAACUCAAACCAGAUGAUGAUGUCAAAGUUGUCGUCACAACUCCAUCAAAACAAACAUGUCAUAUGCAAGUCAUUAAUAAUCGUAAUGGUACAUGGACUGUAAAUUAUAUUCCAAAUGAAGUUGGUGAAACCUAUAUUGACGUAUUUCUUGGUAAUGAACUUAUUAGUGGUAGUCCAUUUAAAGUAAAUAUAUUUGAUAUUAAUCAAAUACAUGUUUCAAAUAUUGAUGCUGGAAUGGUUGGUCAUUUGGUUAAAUUUCAUAUUGAUGCUAGUGAAGCUGGUGUUGGUCAAUUAGAAAUAGUUAUACAAGAUGGACGAAUACCAUGUGAUGCAACAUCAUGUGGUUCAUUUCAAUUUGAUGCAACAUUUUUACCUAAAGAAUCAGGACGAUAUACUAUUGAUAUUAAAUUUAAUGGAUUACCUGUACCUGGUAGUCCAUUUUCAUGUUAUGUGGAUGAUUUAUCUCGUGUUACUAUAUCCGAUAGUUUAACAAGUGGUCAUGUUGGACUUCCAUUGUCAUUUGAUAUUCAUCAUUGGGAUUCACAUAAUUAUCAUAAUCGAACUAUCCCACUUGAUGUAUCGAUUACAGCUCCAUCGGGUCGUCCUAUUCCUAUUAAACGAUCACAAUUGAACGAAAGUAUUACACAUAUCGAUUAUGUUCUAAAUGAGAUCGGCACACAUCGUGUCGAUAUUCGUUCAAUUAUUAAUAAUAGUGAAAAAAUGGAUAUUAAUGGUUCACCAUUUGCACUUAAAGCAUAUGAUUCAAAUCGUUUAAUUGUAUCUGAUAUUCCGCAUCUUGUUACAUAUAAUCAACCAGUUGAAUUUACAGUUGAUGCAUCUAAAGCAGGUGAAGGUCAACUUGAAGUUGCUAUUAAUGAUGGUUUAGUACCAAAUCAAGUUAAAGCAUUAGGAAAUUCAAAAUUUCUUUUUACAUUUAUACCUAAAACGAAUGAUCCACAUAUAAUUUCAAUUAAAUUCAAUGGACAUCAAUUACCUAAUUUUCCAAAAGAAUGUCAAAUAUUUUCAACGAAUGAUAUAACAACACGAGGUCCUGGUCUUAGUCAAGCAUUAAUUGGUACACAAACAUGGUUUACUAUUGAAACACCACAUGGUGGUUCAGAUGAUGUACAAGUUACUGUAUUUACACCAAUGAAUGAAAAAUUAAAUCCAUCAACACGUCUUACAUCCGAUGGAUUACGAGUUGAUUGGAUACCAACUGAAGUUGGUACUUAUAAUGUUCAUGUUAUAUUUAUUGGAAAUCCAGUACCUGGUAGUCCAUUUCGUGUUAAAUGUUAUGAUCCAAAAAAAGUUAUUGUUACACCACCUAUUAAUGAUAGUACUGUUCGAAAGCCAACAAGAUUUCUCAUUGAUGCAUCUCGAGCAGGAGAAGGAAAUCUUGAAAUUAGUGUAAAUUGUUCUGGUCGUAAUAUUCCAAAUCAAGUUAAUCCCAUUGGUAAUAGUCGUUUUGAAGUGCAAUUCACACCACAAGAAGCUGCACUACACUAUUGUAAUAUAUUAUUCAAUGGCGAACUUGUACCAGGAAGUCCUUUUGGUGUUAAUGUUAUGGAUACACAACGUGUUGUGGUAUUUGGUAAAGGUCUUGGAUCAAUACCUGUUAAUAUUCCAACAUCAUUUACAAUUAUAACACAAAAUGCUGGUGUUGGAGAUUUGAAAUGUUCUAUAAAAGGUCCUGAUGAUCAUUUAAUUCCUAGUAUAAUGACAAAAAUGGAUACAAAUCGAUAUGAAAUAUCUUAUACACCAAGUUGUGUUGGUGAUUUUCAAAUAGAUGUAUUUUAUGAUAAUAAUUCAAUUGAUAAUAAUUCAUAUGUAGCUCGAGCAUAUGAUAUUAAUAAAGUUAUGAUAUAUGAUUUUCCAUCAACAGCUAUAGUUGAUUCACCAACUUAUUUUAUUAUCGAUGCAACAGAUGCUGGUUCAGGAAAUCUUGAAAUAGCUGUAUCAAUUAAUGAAAAAAAUAUUCCAAAUUAUGUACAAAAUGAAGGUGGUGCUCGUUUUCGUGUUAAAUUUAUUCCGGAUCAUAUUGGAAUAUAUUAUGUUCAUAUUAAAUUUAAUGGAAUUGAUCUUCAUGGAUCACCAUUUACAUGUAAUGUAUGUUCAAGUGAUUUUACAUUUGAAAAUUAUGAAUAUGCACCAAUUAAUAAACGAACAUUAUUUUUAUUAAAACCAAAAUUAAAUUCAUUAUUUAAUUCAAAUAUAUUUAUUGAUAUAAUAACACCAUCUGGUAAUUAUAUAGAAGAAAAACUUGAAGAAAAAUCAUUAAAUAUUUAUACAAUACGAUUUAUUCCAAAUGAAAUUGGUAAUCAUCAAAUUAUAUUCUAUAGUGAUAAAGAUAAAAAACAUAUUAUUACUAAAUAUAUAUGUCAAGUUUAUGAUAUAACUAAAAUUCAUAUUAGUGAUUUACUACCAGCUAUUCCACAUCGACUUUAUAAAUUUACAAUUAAUACAAUUGAUGCUGGUAAUGGUCAUUUAUCUGUAAAAAUAAAACAAAAUGGAAAUCGUAUAACACAUGAUCAAACUCGUAUUAAUACUCAUACAUAUGAAAUAACAUUUAUACCUGAAACAUUCGAUGAAUGUAUUGUAACAAUAUUAUUUAAUGGAGAUAGUAAUUUGAGUCCACUGACAAUACCAAUAAAAACUGAUUCGAAACAGGUUCAUAUUUCACCUAUACCUUCUGGUAUUGUUGGUCAACCAAUUGUUUUUACUGCCGAUCUUGAUGAAUCAAAACCUAUUUCAAUACUUGUCACAGAAUCUCAUGGUGGUAGAAUUGUUUCACAUACAAUGACAGCAAUUUCAAAUGAAAAAAAUCGUUAUCAAAUUAAAUUUAUACCUAAUACAGCUCGUCAACAUACAAUAUUAAUAAAUUAUGAUGAUCAACCAACAUUAACAUAUCAUGUUGAUGUAUUUGAUAUAAAUAAAAUUCGUGUUAGUUCUAUUGAAGAUGGUAUUGUUGGAAUUCCAUUAGUAUUUAGUGUUGAUACACAUGGUGCAGGUGAAGGUCAUUUAGAAGUAACAAUAAGUGAUGGUAAACGAACAUUACCAGCUGAACUUAAAAGUAUUCAAGCAAGAAAAUUUGAUAUUGGUUUUCUACCUGAAAUUCAUGGAAAACAUUCAAUUAUGAUUGCAUUUAAUGGUAUACCAGUUGAAGGUAGUCCAUUUGAAAUAUAUAUUCGUGAUCCACCAACAAAUGAAAGAGAGAAUAAUCAUGAAGAAGAAGAUGUUGAUAAUGAAGAAGAAGAAGAAGAAGAUGAUAUUGGUGAUCAUGAAUUUUUAAUUGGUGGACAAUUAGAAGGAACAAAAGUUGGUGAACUUGCUUGGUUAAUUUGUGAUUCACCAUUAAGUGAUAUUUAUGAAGAUUUUGAUUUAUUUGUUACUGAUCCUGAUCAAACUAUAAUCAAACAUACACGAAUACAAGAUUCUGGUGGUCGAUGGCGUGUUGAAUUUGAACCUAUGAAAUUUGGUAUACAUCAAAUUCAAACUAGUGAUAAUGGUACUGAUGAUUCACCAAUUAUUCUUGCAUCGAUGGAUAUUUUACCAGGAAAUUAUCAAAGAAUAAUUGAAGGUGAAAGAAUAAUUCAUCCAAAUAUUUUAAAUUUAAUUACAAUUAAUUCUAAUAAUGAAAAUUUAAAAAUUCGAUUAAGACGUUCAAAUGGUGAUGAAGUUCCAAUUGAAACUCAACGAGAUUCAUUACAAUGGAAAAUUUAUUUUACUUUAACUGCAACUGAUUAUUAUCAAUUUAGUGUUGAUGAUAAUAAUGAUGAACAAAUAUUUGAUAUACAUUGUGUUGUUGAAGAAACAGAUAUAUUUCGUAAUGGUGGUAUUCAAGAUAUAACUCGAUUAAUUGUUGAUCAUAGUAAAAUUAAUGGAAGUGAUGUUAAUGUUAUUGUAAAAGAUCCAUCAGCUCAUACAAUACCAGCGGCAUUUUAUCGAAAUUUAAGUCGAGAUCUUAUUAUUGAAUAUGUACCAACAAAACUAGAUAUUCAUGAAGUAUUUAUUCGAAUUCAAAACAAUCUACUUGAUAUAUGUCCAAUACGUAUAAUAUCAUAUGGUGCUAAUACUUCAUUUGAACCUGUACUUCGUGUACAAGUAAAAGAAGUUCUUGAACAUACAUUUGAAGGUGUUACUGAUAAUGUUGAUAAAUUACAAAUAGAUAUUACUGAUCCAUUUGAAAGACUAUUACCAUUUCAACGUUCAAAAAAUGAAUGUGGAGAAUUAACAAUUACUGUAUCACCUAUUCGUGUUGGUACACAUUGGAUACGUAUAGCAAAUGAAGAUAGUAAAAAUUUUGCUUUAUUACCUAUAUUUUCAUAUGAUGAUGAUUAUGUUCCACUUUCACCUAUUGCUACACCAUUACCAGAAGAUAAAACAAUACAAGAAAAAAAUUCAAAAAAUUCAAAUAAUAAUAAUCAUACUAUUAUUGAUUCAUUUAUGCCAAUAUUAACUGGAAAAGAUUUAACAACAAUUAGUGAAACAUCUGAAACUCGAUCAUCACGUGCAACAUCUAUUGCAUCAUCACAAUUACCAUCACCAAUUAAAGAAAAAGUUGAAUUAAUAUCACCAAUAAAUCCAAAUGAAACAUAUAAAAAACUAUCUUCAAAAAAUGAACGAUCAAGUCCUGAAGUACAAAUACUUGAUAUAACAGAUUUAAAUGAUCCAGGUGUUCAUAUUGUUUCAAAAUUUAGUUUUAAAGAUAUUGAUAAUAAAUUUCAUAUUACUAUAUAUGAUGCUGAUAGAAAAUGUAUUAAUUAUAAAACUGAAUAUCUUAUUGAUGGACGAAAAAGAAUUUUCUAUGAACCUACUGUUAUUGGUCCUGUUGAAAUUCAUAUAUUAAAAGAUAAUGAACCUAUUGAUGGUAGUCCAUUAAUUGUUCAUGCAUUUGAUCCAUCUUCAGUUUAUUUAAAUGAUUUUCCUGAUAAAAUACAAACUAAUACAAUUAAUCGUUUUAUUAUUGAUCCUACAAAAGCUGGAAAAGGUUCAUUAAAAGUUGCUAUUAAAGGUCCAAAUAAUCGAUCAUUACCAAUAACUGUUCUUAAACGAUCAAAUGGUCCACAUACAAUAUUCGUUUUAUUUAAUCGAAUUCCAAUACCGGAAACACCACUUCGAGUAUAUGUUGAAUCUAAAGAUAUUAAAAAAACAUCCGAGGAACCUAUUGAAGAACGAACAACCUAUCGAGGACAUGGUAUUGUUGAACAGUAUCAGCGUUUAAAAGAUGGUAGUCUUCGUUUAGUACUUCAUUUUGAUAAGCCAGAACAAUCCGAUUGGGAACAAAUUCGAGAAUCAUUAAAUAAAAGUACAAAAACUAAUGAAAUUAUAGAACGUGGACGUUCACUUCAUUCAAAACAACAAGAUCAAGAACGAGCACGUUCAUUAUCAUCUCAAACAAUAUUAGAUCCAAUACAUUCACGUUUAUCAAAAUCAAAUGAAAAUAUUGCACAAUCAACAUCACAAAAAUAUUCAAUACCAUCAAUUGAAUUACAAAAUCGAGAACAAUUUAUAAAACCACAAGAUCGAUAUGCAUCAUUACCAUUACUUAAACCAUUAAAUAAUAUACAAAUUCAACAAUUUAAUUCAAUAAAAGAUAAAUUUGAACGUCAACAACCAAUUGAUGUUGUCUUUGAUCCUCGACGAUAUCCAUUUAAAGUUCUUAUACAACAACCUUAUCCAAUUGUUAAUGUUGAUGUACAUUUAUUAAUUGAUCUUCCUCAUAUUGCAUAUGUACAUGUUACAAUAAAUAAUAUAGAAAUUCCAAUUCAAGCAGCUCGUCGAAAUGAUGAUACAUUUCUUUUAAAAUUUCGACCAACUAUUGCAGGAGAUUAUUCAAUUGUAUUAAAAGAUUAUAUUGAACAACCUAUACCAGGUUGUCCAUUUAUAUUUCCUGUUUAUAAUCCAAAUGCUGUUCAUUUUGAAUCAUUAAAUCGUUUACAACCAAUAAAUGAUUGUCAUUUAAUUUGUAAUGUUGAUCAAGCUGGACCUGGAAAAUUAUUUGUUAUGGUUUAUUCUCAAAUUGAUGAAAAUAAAUUUGAACCAAUAUUAAUUCCAAUACAAAUUCAUCCUCUUCCAUCAAAUCAUAUACGUGUAUCAUUAUAUCCAUUUAAAGUUGGAAUAUAUCGAAUUUAUCUUGCCUAUAGAAAUAUACCAAUAAAUGGUAAGUAA